AUGCUCUGUGCUACUCCCUCGCUCGUCUCCGUUCUCUUUAAAGAAGCAGCAUCCGGAAGCGUGAUUAGCACUGCUUUCGCGCAUAUCGCCGUGUCCUAUGAGGAUCUGGCAGAGGGGUUUGUGCAGUUGGCUCCUGGGUUGAAGUUUGCGGACAAUGCCGUUGGCAUUGGAUUGUCGAGUCAGAGGGCGGAGAGGCCGAUGUUUGUGUUGGGGAAGGUUUUGAGGGGGUUGUUGUUUCAGUCUGUGCCGUGGUAUUGGAAGGCCGAGUAUGCUGUUUUGGGCAGGAGCCACUGA